AUGAAGAUCGAGGACGUACAGUCGACGAGCAAGAAGCAGCGCGUGGCGUCGCACACGCACAUCAAGGGGCUCGGCCUCAAGGAGGAUGGGAGCGCAGUGGCGGUGGGCGGGGGGUUUGUGGGGCAGGAGCGCGCGCGCGAGGCGGCGGGGUUGGUGGUGGACCUGAUCCGCUCCAAGCGCAUGGCGGGGCGCGCGCUGCUGCUCGCGGGCGCGCCGGGCACGGGCAAGACGGCGCUGGCGCUGGGCAUCGCGCAGGAGCUGGGGUCCAAGGUGCCGUUCUGCCCGAUGGUGGGGUCGGAGGUGUUCAGCAGCGAGGUGAAGAAGACGGCCGUGCUCAUGGAGCACCUGCGCCGUGCCAUUGGGCUGCGCAUCCGCGAGAAGAAAGAGGUCUACGAGGGCGAGGUGGUGGAGCUGGCGGCGGAGGAGACGGAGAGUGUGAGUGGUGGGUACGGCAAGGCCAUCAGCCACGUGGUGGUGGCGCUCAAGACUGUCAAGGGCACCAAGCACCUCAAGCUCGACCCCUCCAUCUACGACGCCCUGCUCAAAGAAAAGGUGGCGGUGGGGGACGUGAUCUACAUAGAGGCGAACAGCGGCGCGGUGAAGCGCGUGGGGCGCAGCGACGCGUUUGCGAGCGAGUUUGACCUGGAGGCGGAGGAGUACGUGCCCGUGCCCAAGGGCGACGUGCACAAGCGCAAGGAGCUCGUGCAGGACGUGACGCUGCACGACCUGGACGCGGCGAACGCGGCACCGCAGGGCGGGCAGGACAUCAUGAGCAUGAUGGGCGCGCUGCUGAAGCACAAGCGCACCGAGGUCACCGACAAGCUGCGGCAAGAGAUCAACAAGGUGGUGAACAAGUACAUAGACGAGGGCAUAGCGGAGCUCAUCCCAGGGGUGCUCUUCAUAGAUGAGGUGCACAUGCUCGAUAUAGAGUGCUUCACGUUUCUCAACAGAGCAUUGGAGAGUCAGCUAGCACCCAUAGUCAUCUUCGCCACCAACCGAGGCAUCUGCCCCAUUCGGGGAACGGAUGUGCUGAGUCCGCAUGGCAUCCCUGUUGACUUGCUUGACCGCCUAGUCAUCAUCACCACACUGCCAUACACCCCCGAUGAGAUGCUCAAGAUCAUAGCCAUCAGAGCGCAGGUGGAGGGGCUCUCCAUAGACGAGCACUGCCUUGCCUUGCUCGGCGAGAUUGCAGAGAGAACGUCCCUCAGACAUGCAGUUCAGCUUCUCACACCCAGCAGUAUUGUGGCCAAGGCAAAUGGUCGAAGCAACCUGGCAAAGGAAGAUAUUGAUGCAGUUUCAUUUCUCUUCUUGGACUCCAAAGCAUCGGCACGGAUGUUGCAAGCUCAUUCAGACAAAUAUGUGUCACAAUGA